CGGUAGAGGUCAGCAAUAUACGCGUAUGGUUUCAAGAAGCCAAAAAUGUUGUAGAAGAAGACGAAUUAUCGCGAGAUUCAGUGGCACCGGCACUAGACAGUUGGGUCCCUGAGUUCUGGUCGUAAAAUACCUUAGUCUAUGGAAACUAUUUGUUUUUAGAAAGUAAGAUCGAACAGAUUUGAAUAUGUAAGAACCAGACAUUACAAUACAGUUGCUAUCGCAUUGUAUUUCUGUAUUAUUUUAGAAUUAAAGUAGAGAGCUGCUCGGUUGUUAGCAUGCGGCAGUUAGCUGGGUGCUAAAGUUGGCCUCAUCAACAUUUUUACUGGAUAUUCAACUUAGAAUCAAGUUUCUCUUGACAAUCAAUUUACAAUGAAGUGUCACUAUGAAAUAUUGGGUGUGAAGCGAGACGCAGGAGACGACGAUUUGAAAAAAGCCUAUCGUAAAUUAGCGCUGAAAUGGCAUCCAGAUAAAAAUCUGGACAGUGCUGAGGAGGCAGCAGAGCAGUUCAAGCUGAUUCAGGCAGCCUAUGAUGUCCUAAGUGAUCCACAGGAGAGAGCUUGGUACGACAAUCACAGGGAGGCCCUGCUGAAAGGAGGACUGAGUGGAGAUUAUGAAGAUGAUAGCAUUGAUCUGCUCCAGUACUUCACGGUUACCUGCUACUCUGGCUAUGGAGAUGACGAGAAGGGCUUUUACACAGUUUACAGGAAUCUGUUUGAGUCCAUUGUUAAGGAGGAGAUGGAGCACAGCAGAAUGGACGAUGAGGAAGAGGAGGAGGACUUUCCUCCCUUUGGAGACUCUCAGAGUGACUAUGAUACUGUAGUGCAUGUGUUUUACGGCUACUGGCAGAGCUUUUGCUCUCUUAAAAACUUUGCCUGGAAGGAGGAGUAUGAUAUACGGCAGGCCUCCAACCGCUGGGAGAAAAGGGCCAUGGAGAAGGAGAACAAGAAAACCCGAGACAAGGCUCGAAAAGAGCGCAACGAGCUGGUGCGGCAGCUGGUGGCUUUUGUUCGCAAACGUGACCGACGCGUGCAGGCCCACCGGAAGCUUGUGGAGGAACAGAACGCUGAGAAGAUCAAGAAGGCUGAAGAGCUGAGACGGAAGCAGAAGCUCAGCCAGGCCAAACUUGCAGAAGAGUAUAAGGAGCAGAGCUGGGCCGCCAUGUCAGAACUGGAGAAGGAGCUGCAGCAGAUAGAGGCUCAGUACGGAGAGGAGUUUGGAGAUGCAUCAGAGAGCGAGGAAGAGGAGCAGGAUUUGGAUACGAGGGAGCUGAACAAUGAAGACGGAGGAGAUGCAGACCAGCCUGGAGAUGAACCGACAGUUGACUGUCUUGAUGAUCUGUACUGCCCAGCCUGUGACAAGUCAUUCAGAUCAUAUAAAGCAAUGAAAAACCAUGAAAAAUCAAAAAAACAUCGGGAGAUGGUGGCGUUGCUACGGCAACAGCUGGAGGAGGAAGAGGAUUCAUUUGGUUUGAACCUGGAUGAAAAAGAGGGAAAAGAGGAAGAAGGUGAACUGGAGGAGGAGGAGGAGGAAAAGCCAAGGCAGAGGCUGUCUAAAAAGCAAAAGAGGAAAAAGAAACAGCAAGUAAUGCAGAGUGUUCUGGAGGAGGAGAAACCGACGCUAACCACCUGCGAGGAAGAUGCCCCCGAGAAGUCAUUGGACCCUGCCAAGCCCGAGAAGCAGGAUGAUGUCCCUCCCACAGAGGUCAAGAGCAGCUCUGGGAAGACAAAGGGAAAGAAGGGAGGAGGAAAAGACAAACCAAAGACUGUCAAGUCAAACACAGGAGGAGAACAGUUUCCUGAGAAGGACAUAAACCUCCGCUGCGUGACCUGUAACAACGAGUUUCCCACAAGAAACAAGCUGUUUGACCAUCUAAAGACCAGCGGCCACGCCAGUGCCCUCUCCUCAAAAGCUCCUCACAGCUUCAUGAGCAAGAGCAAAAAAGACAAAAAGAAGAACAGCUAACAUCUUCUUUGGGCCGAGGAGCCUCAGUAGAGACACUGGAAACUUUGCUCUGAGGAUGUGGAAAGUGGACUUUGAUGGAUAUGUCAGCAGCUCUGAGGCUGACGAGAGCCGAUAGUUUUUGUUUUUUCAGUUACACAAUAACUGUGGUCAGUGAGAACCCCAUGUAUGUGUGAGAGCCCGAGUCUUCCAUAUUGGAAUGAAUAAAACCUUCUGAGCAGCA